AUGGGUUAAUGCAAACUAUUAAAUAAAUCAUAUCAAGAAAUAUCAGAUAUUCAUGAUGUUCCAAAUUUAGAUUUUAAUAGAAACUCAACAUAUAAAAAACUAGAAUAAAUUUCAAAUUAAAUAACAACUGAAAGAGGAAUUUCAAAUAUUUACAAUGUUUUAAUUUCGCGUAUAGUUGCAGUUGGUUAGUUACAUUUAAUUGAAACUUUAAGAUUAAUAAACGAUUAAGAAUAAAAGAAUAAAUUUAUUGAACAUUUGAAUUGUAUUGAUUAUGAAACAGUUGAUUCACUUUAUCAUUUUUUUUAAAAUAAAGAUGAAAUUUUGGACGAGAUUAGUUAUGCUUAAAAUAUUGAAAAAAUAGAAAAUAUAAAAAAGGAAUAAUACAUUUAGUAUUUUUAAUAAGGAUUAUAAAUGAUAAAAAAUAAAGAAGUUGCUUUAGUUAUUUUAGCAGGAGGAAACAAUAUAAGAUUUGAUUAAAAGGUAUAAAAGUCAACUUGUAAUAUUGGUUUACCUUCAAAAUUAAGUGUAUUUGAAAUUAUUGGAAAAAAAUUGCAAGUAUUAUAAAAUUUAGUAUAUUAAAAUAUUUCAACAAGCAUUACAAAAUGUUCUUUUUAAAUAAUGAUAAUGAUAAAUACUGAAAAUUACUUCGAAAUAAAAAAAGUUUGGAAAAACAAUGACUUUUUUGGAUUUGACGAAAAAGAUGUUUUAUUUAUGACUUAAUCAAUGCUACCUAUUAUUGAUAUAUAAGGAAAAAUAAUUAUGAGAACAAGUAUGUAAUGUUAUGAGUAACCUGAAGGUCCAGGAGACAUAAUAAAAACUAUAUUUUCAAACAAAGUUAUUGAGAAAUUAUUAAUUAAAAAUUAUAAAUAUCUUCAUAUUAUUGGAGUUGAAAACCUUUUAGUAAAACCUUUAGAUCCUUUGUUUUUGGGAUAUGCUAAUGAAAAUAAAAAUGAUAUAAAUUCGAAAUGUGUUAAACUAUAAGACCUUACUAAUGAAUUUUUCAAGCUUAUUAAUAUAAAUGGUAGAUUAUAUAUAGAAUUAUGA